UUUCAGGAAAAUGUUCCUAAGUUCAUUACUUCAGUCUGCUUUUAUCCUGCUGGAGAGUUCAUGAUAGGUGACUCCACUGGUGCCAUCUUGGUCUGGUCACAUGACAACAAACUGUUCUCUCUUAAUGCAACUCUAUGUAGUCACACUCAGAAAGCUCAUAAG